AUGUUGCGCACAAGCUCCAAAAUCUGCCGCAGUGCGCUCUCUCGAUCAUACGCGACGGCUGCCUCCCCACAUGCACUCGUAUUUCUCGAGCAUCGUGCGGGUGUUAUCGAUUCGGGAUCGCUGUCGGCGUUGACUGCUGCUGGCCAGCUCGGAGGCAAGGUCUCAGCUUUGGUCGUAGGCAGUUCGGAACAUGUACAAGGUGUCGUGGAUCAGGCUAAAAAAUUCAAAGGAGUGACAUCCGUGCUGCACGCAUCCUCCCCACAGUACGCCGAGCCGCUCCCAGAGACACUCUCGCCUCUUCUUGAGAAGCUGCUCGCCGACAAUGCCUUCACGCACGUCGUAGGCGCGACGUCGUCCUCCGCCAAGUCUCUCCUCCCGCGGGUAUCCGCGCGCCUGGAUGCCCCGACCGUUUCAGACGUCACAUCGCUCGAGCACGACGCCGCUACCGGCAGCACGACCUUCACCCGCCCCAUCUAUGCGGGCAACGCCGUUUCGACCGUGCGCGCGCCUGGCUCGCUCCCCGUCAAGUUUUUCACCGUGCGCGGGACGGCCUUUGCGCCUGCCCCCGCGUCGGAGGCCGAUGCUGCAGAGGUGAAGGCUGUGGACCCCGUGGAGGUUGCAAACCCGACGACGGUGCACGUCAAAACGACGAUCGCCAAAUCGGACAGACCGGACCUCGGCGUUGCCUCGCGCGUUGUGUCUGGUGGGCGCGCGUUGAAGAGCGCGGAGACGUUUGAGAAGACGUUAUACCCGCUAGCGGACGCGCUUGGUGCUGCGGUGGGUGCGUCGCGCGCAGCGGUGGACGCUGGGUAUGCGGACAAUUCGCUACAGGUUGGUCAGACGGGUAAGGUCGUCGCACCGGAGCUGUAUAUGGCCAUUGGUAUCUCGGGUGCUAUCCAGCAUUUGGCGGGGAUGAAAGAUUCGAAACUUAUUGUGGCUGUUAACAAGGACCCAGAUGCGCCUAUCUUCCAGGUGGCUGAUGUUGGCCUUGUUGCUGACCUCUUUGAAGUUGUCCCAGAACUCACUGAGAAACUGAAGAAGUAA